AUGUUCUCAAAACUUGGUUCAAUACUCACCGUCCCGAGUGCAAUUUUGACAGGCAAACCGGUUUACGAAGAACCUCGAGCACUACCAGCAUCGUGGUAUCGCACUGAUGAGCUGUAUCAGCUAGAACGGCGAGCCAUCUUCUCUAAACGAUGGCUUCUUGUGACUCAUAAACUACGUUUCAAUAAACCUGGAGACUUUAUACGCUUCGAACAGGCUGGAUACGCCUUUGUGUUGUGUAUGGACAAAGAUGGGGUGACCAUCAAUGGGUUCCACAACAUUUGUCGACACAGAGCCUUCCCCGUGGUGACCAAAGAGUCGGGAAACGCUAGCAUAUUCUCCUGCAAAUACCACGGCUGGUCAUACGGCAUCAACGGCAACUUGGCCAAGGCACCACGUUUUGACACGGUGCCAACUUUCAAGAAAGAGAACCAUAGUCUCUUCCCUGUCCAUGUGCAUAUUGACGCUGUGGGAUUCGUCUGGGUCAACUUGGAUGCAUCUACGGAGCCCGAGGUCAAGUGGACAGAUGACUUUGAGGGUGUCGACAACCUGGAGCGAUUCAAGUACUUCAACUUCUCGCAGUAUAAGUUCGAUCAUGUUUGGGGCAUGGAAGGCAAAUACAACUGGAAGACCCUCGCCGACAAUUACAAUGAAUGUUAUCAUUGUCAGGUUGCUCACCCUGACGUUAGGAAUCUCGCGGAUCUUUCCUUUUACUAUACGGUGUCUAAGCCCGGUUACAUCCAACACUUCUCGCGACCACAGAAAGGAAAAGAGGAAGAUGACAUCAAGGUCGUCAGUACCUAUUAUUUUCCGAAUGCUUGCAUGACUGUUUCGCCUCACUUCUUCUAUAUGAUGCGAUGCAUCCCGACGUCGGUUGGUACAUGUUCCAUGGAGUACGAGGUCUAUCGGCAUAAGGAUGCGACAGACGAAGAGUUCGAGAAGGUUGAUUCCUUCUUCAAACGCGUUCUCGGAGAAGACAAGUAUCUGUGCGAUGAGGUACAGAAAAACCUCGAGGCAGGCAUCUUCACUAAUGGGGAGAUGCACCCAGAGUUGGAGAGCGCACCCCUCUACUUCCAGAAUACGGUGCGUCAACUCUUGACAGAACAUCGCAAGAAGGAAGAAGUUCAGAAGAGGGAGAUAUGGGGGGCUCGCCGUACCUUGGCAAGCACGAAGCUUACAAGGGAUGAUGACGCGUUCUGUGACGGACUGGCAUGCAAGGCCGACAAUGCUGAUAUGGAAUGGUAA